AUGUCGCCAUCAAACACCAGUACCCCUUUCAAUGCGCAAAUGCAACAGUUCUUGAACAUGCUCGUUCAGCAGCACAUUGCUACCAUGACGUCUAGCUUGGAACAGCAGUUCCAGGCUCAUUUUUCUUCGCUCCAAGUACCCACUGGUGGUGAAGCUCCUGUAGAUCGAAGGGCCUCACCGAAUGCGUUGGCUACAGCGCAGGCAUCUCCACCCGCUCCUACGUCAUCGCGGGAUCAGCAGCCUGCUGUAACUGCGAUGAGAAGCGAAGGCACCACUCCCAAAUCAAAGAAAAGGGAGGAGUACCAGUUGAACGCCGAUGAUAUCCAACCGGAUGUGGUGGGGAUCAAGGACUCGUUAACCUUUCACAUCCGGAUGCUUUGGAAUACCCUUGACACUGGCUUCAUCCCCUCCGACCCCGAUCCUCAGCUUCUCAACCGUUUCAAUGCCAUCUUCCAGACUCCUGAGCAACUCGCCGCUCAGAGUACUGGACAACCCCUUAUCGAGCCCACCACCGUCUCUAUCCGUGCCUGGGAUGACCCUACAAGCAGGCGAAGUGUUUUUCGUCAUCUCCGCCGCAUUGAUGACUGCCAGAUGCUCUUUGUCAAGCAAACCUUGUCGCGCUACAAUCUGGACAACUUCUGUCCCGAUCUCCGCCAGGCCCCCUACUCCUUGUACAAUUCUGCCUGUCGAAAUGCGGCCAUCGACUCCUGGCGUCAGCUUGCACUCUCGCACGCCUACGCACCUUUUGGGAUCAACCACCAACGCCUCAACGACAUCGAUCUUCUCACAAAGAUCUACAACUAUGUCGUGUUCUACCUGGGCUAUAAGAAGUAUGUUGCAGAAGCUCGGAAUCCCGGAUCCGUACAAGCCAUGGAGGAGAACAGCAACGCGAUGCGAAACAGGUCUAGGCUUUCGUAUCUCCGUUGCAAGUUCAUCGAUGAAAACGGAUUUCCAUCUCGAUACAAACGUCUCUGUACUCCCAAAGCGACAUCCGACGACGAACGCGACCCCAACAAAUCCUUUAUCAACAAUCGCCCCGUGUUUCAUAUCAAGAAACGACCAGAACGCUCGGCUGCUGCUGAACAAUUCAUCCGCAUGCUAGACCGCCAACGUGAACUCAUUGCCAGAUAUGCUCCUGGGGGCCGCACGAAGGAGCGUGUCCGGAUCGUGCCAGAGGUACAACAGGAAACUUCCUUCCCCCGCCUUCCCGAGGCUAUGCCUCUCGACUACUACGACCCCUCCUUCUACAAUCAACUCCCGCCUCAGCUGCGUGCCAAGGUUGCCGAUCCUGAUAUGGUCCUCCUCCCUGGCGAAUUACUCGCCAAAACCUUCACCAACUGCGAGGACGAGCAACUAGACGACUAUGCCUUUGUUGAGAAGUUUGGUGAGCAGGUUUUGGGCUGGUACAACUGGGUUAACCCAGAGGAUCUUGUUCUAUAUGCGGAAGAUGACGAAGAGUAUGAAGGCGAUGAGGAGGACGAGGAAGGUAACGGAGGUGGUGACGAUACCAUGGAAACUGAGUAG